AUGUUCUUUUAUAUUAUAGGAUUGAUCACAAUAGCUUUUGUUGUAUUUAGAAUUUUAGAAGAAAUCUAUAAAUGUUUGCAACCAUUUCCAAAUAUUUAAGCUAAAUAUGGUAAGGACUGUUGGGCUGUUGUGACAGGGGCAACAGAUGGAAUUGGCAAAGGUUAUUGCCAAGUUUUAGCUUAAUAGAAUGUGAAUAUUUGUAUGAUUAUCAGAAAUGAAGAGAAAGCCAAAAAGUUAAUAUAAGAAUUAAGUAAUGGAUCAACAUCAAAAUUUAAGAUUGUAGUAGUUGAUUUCAAUAAAUCAUUAGAAGAAGGAUUUUUUGAUAAAAUAUAUAAAUAAAUUGAAACUUUGGAUAUUGGAUUACUAAUAAAUAAUGUUGGAGUUUCACAUGUUUAAACUUAGUUUUAUUAUUAUAGUAAGCUCCAUUAGAGAAAUAUACUGACAAUCAACUAAAAGAAAUAAUUACAGUUAAUUGUUUUCCUAUUGUAUUUUUAACAAAGAAAAUAAUAACUAAUAUGCUCAAAAGAAAGAGAUCUGCAAUAAUUAAUUUAUCAUCAUUUACUGGAAGAGUUCCUAUGCCUUAUAAUCAAACAUAUGCAGCAUCAAAAGCAUUUGAUGAUUUCUUUUCAAGAUCAAUAGCACUUGAAUAUUCUAAUAUUGAUAUUUUGGCUCAUAGACCUAUGUAUGUAACAACACCAAUGACUAAUUUCAAAAAAGGAUAAGGAGCCAUAUCUCCAUUUUAGGCUGCUAAAGGAGCUUUGUAAAAUACAUAAUUAAAUAUUAAUAGAUAACGUUUAGGAUUAGAAUAUUCAACACAUGGACAUAUUUUUCAUAGAAUUUAAGGGUUUUUUGGUGCUGUUGUAGUACCAUAAUUCAUAAGAAACAUAAUUCUAAAAAAGGAAAUGAGAAAAUUAGUAAGAAAACAUUUGUGA